CAGCCACAUCGAAGCCUGAUGAUGACCAACAACGACGGUGGCAAUGGCUGAGAUGACGACGAUGGUUGUCUGCGCCAACGGGUGACAAUGCCGGCAGGAAUACCUCACCUGUGUAUUAUAGUUAAAAUAGCUUGCACUGAUAGCAUUCACCAUGUCAAGGUUUUUUUCAUUUGGAAACAUUCGAACAGUUGCACAUUUCCUUCUCGUAAACCAGAGGACCAGCUUUAUAGAAGUCAAGAAGAAUGUAAUACUUUUCUCCCUUGCUCUACCUUCCUCCAUGAGCAGGUCAUAUUCGUUGUGUAGUCUUCCUAGUCGACAUGCGCCGAUUAGAUCAUACAAAGUGAAGGAGAAUUUAUACAAGGCUGGAUAUUCCAAGAACCUCACUUUUGUCUUAGCAAGUGAUAACAUGACACGUAAUGCCCAAGUUAUUUGGAAAAGACUUUCGCAUAUAUGUUCAUAUGGAGGCUCAGCAUUCCCACCAAUAAGUAGGAUUGCUUGUGCUGUCAGCUUGGCAUUGGCCAGAUCACACCUGGUAGCUCCUAGCAUUUUUGCCUUUAUUAUAGGAGAGGUUGCAUGGACACAGAGAACUUGGGCAGAUGCUGAAUACUUUCCAAAAGGAAACAAUCUAUACAUGAAUGCACGAGAUGGACAUGUCUAUCUGACCUCUCUUGUUUACUCAGUCUUGGAGGGUGUUAUUUUGUUUGUGAGAUUGAUCUAUUUGGCAAUUUUGUUUUCACCUGCGAUGACAAUGGCUCCAUUUGUAGAUUGUUUCAAUGGUCGUUUUAGGAAAGCAUGGCUUCACCUUGUCCAUCAUACACUAGAAAUAGCAGGCCCAGCAUUCAUAAAGUGGGGUCAGUGGGCAGCCACCAGACCAGAUCUUUUCCCUAAGGAUCUAUGUUCUGAGCUUGCAAAGCUUCAUAUGCAAGCACCACCACAUAGCUUUGCCUACACGAAGAGGACUAUUGAGAAAGCAUUUGGUCGCAAGCUUCCUGAAAUUUUUGAAAAUUUUGAAGAAGAACCUGUAGCAUCUGGAAGUAUUGCCCAAGUGCAUCGAGCUUCUUUGAGAUUUCGGUACCCUGGUCAACAGGUCAAGCCCAUUGAAGUUGCUGUGAAAGUUAGACAUCCUGGUGUUGGGGAAAUAAUUAGGAGGGAUUUUGCGAUUAUUAAUGUGAUUGCCAAGAUAUCAAGUUUCAUCCCUACCUUGAAGUGGUUGAGGUUGGAUCAAAGUGUCCAGCAAUUUGCCAUUUUCAUGAUGUCUCAAGUUGAUCUUGCAAGGGAAGCUGCUCAUUUGAGUCGGUUUAUUUACAAUUUCCGGAGAUGGAAAGAUGUAUCCUUUCCGAAACCUUUGUAUCCACUUGUGCAUCCUGCUGUCUUGGUGGAAACUUAUGAGCAAGGAGAAUGUGUUUCCUACUAUGUUGAUGAGCUUGAAGGAAAUAACAGAAUUAAAAGUGCACUUGCUCGCAUUGGGGUUCAUGCCCUUCUGAAGAUGCUUCUGGUGGACAAUUUUCUCCAUGCAGACAUGCAUCCUGGAAAUAUCCUUGUCCGGGUGACCCAUAGCAAAUCUUUGCACAAGCCCAAGCCUCACGUCAUUUUCCUUGAUGUAGGCAUGACUACUGAGCUUUGUAAGAGUGAUCGAGAGAAUUUACUGGGGUUCUUUAAGGCUGUUGCCCUUCGAGAUGGCCGCACUGCUGCAGAGUGCACACUGAGAUUGUCAAAACAGCAGAGCUGCCCGAAUCCUGAGGCCUUUGUCGAGGAGGUGGAUAAGGCAUUCAGUUUCUGGGCUACCCCAGAAGGGGAUGGUUUCAAUCCUUCUGAGUGCAUCCAGCAAUUGCUUGAGCAAGUUCGACAUCAUAAAGUCAACAUUGAUGGCAAUGUUUGUACUGUGAUGGUUACUACUUUGGUUCUUGAGGGCUGGCGGAGGAAGCUUGAUCCAGAAUACAAUGUGUUGGACACAUUACAGACACUGAUAUUGAAAUCUGACAUGGCAGAAUCUCUCUUUUACACAAUUGAAGGACUCAUGGCUCCAUAGAAGGUGCUCAUCUCUUUUCAAUUUUUGCAAACAAUUUUUACAAUGAAAGUAAAAUAUAAAUGAUACAUAUCCCUCUCUUCAGAAAUAACAUAAUCUGCAUCUGAAUUCUAUUUCUGUCCUUCUCGUUGCUCCAACUUUUGCUUUUGGAUAGUUGUCUUAGUAGACAAGCUAUGCCUUCUGUAUAUUGUCAUGUAUUAAUUGUUUUCAAUGAGUACCAUGGGUUAAUCCUGUAUCACAAGCAAUAAUAGUGAAGAAGGGACAGCAGCGGAAUCAAAUGAAAUGUUGAUUUUUUU